GUCCGCCUUCAGCUCAUCCGCGAGACGCACCCAAUCACGAACACAUACCGUCUAUUUUACAAAUACUGCCGGGGCACUUAGUCCCCUUGGUGCAACUCACAUCCGCUUUCCUGAAACGCCCAAGGAUAACAGGUGUCAACCCUUCCCCGGCGCUAUGAUCAACUAAGCCAACGUCAGAGGCUUGAAGCAGCUUGCAUAUAUCGUAGCAGUCGCAUAGAAAAUGAAUAGCGAGGAGCAAGGCGGAAGCGCUGCCGCGCGUUCUCAGGCGGCAUCCGCCGGCAAGGAGCAUGGCAGCUUCGCCGCUAUGCCCAAACUACCAUCACGGCCUUCCGCAACAAAAGCCAAGACAGCUGACACCGGCAGCACCGGCGCAGCUGCCACCACCGACAACGCCAGCAACUCCGACAGCAGCUGCAACACCGCAGCUAACAGCGAACCAAAAACAGCUGCUGCUGCUGCCUCUUCCUCCCGCCCCUCCUGCGGUCCAACGCUGCCCCCACGUGCCACCCGCCCUGCCACAGCCUCCGCCAAGCCUCCUACCACCACCACCACCACCACCACCCCCGCAGCCUCAGCCUCAGCCCCCGCUGUCCCGACGCCAUCCACCUCCUCCUCCGAGCCACCCCCAGCUGCAGCUGCAACCCCCACCCCCACCCCCAGCAACCCCACCACCACCCCCACCACCACUCCCACCACCCGCCGCGCCGGCGGCCUCUCCGCCCUCCCCCCCCGCGGCGGCCUGCUGCCGCUGCCCCCCUCCAGCACCACCAGCGGCCCCGUGCUGGACCCCGACGAGCCGGCUGCGCUGGCGGAGGUGCGGCGCAGCAUCCAUGCGGUGCGCGUGCAGAUGAUCAGCAGCGCGCUGCGGCUGGGGUACGACCACGAGAAUGCGCUGGUGAAGCAGGUGUUGUACCGCCUGGCCCUGGCGGAGCGGCUCAAGGCUCCCUGGCGCCGACCCGGUAAGCGACCCGACCCCGUGGCGGCGGCAGCGCGGGAGGCGGCGCGGCGGAUGGAGGAGGCCAAGGCGGCGGCAGCAGCAGCGGGUGGAGAGGCGGGGGCGGGGACAGGAGGAGGGGGAGCAGCAACAGAGGGAGAGCCGGCGGGAGGCGCAGCGGAGGAGCCGGGACUGGGGUUCACUGUGAAGAUCAUGCUGAUCGGAUUGCAGGGCAGCGGCAAGACGCAACUCGCACACGCGCUGCUGGGCCCCACCGCCUCCUCCUCCACCUCCUCUACCAGCAGCAGCAGCAGCGGCAGCAACUCACCAACUUCAUCACCAUCCGCAUCAGCAGCUGCUGGUGCUGCCAACGGACCCACGGGUCAGUCGGCGCCCCAGCCACCUCAACCCCAGCCUCAGCAACACGCCGCCGUCCACCCCUUCGAGGGCGCCACUCGGCGGGUGACGGUGCUGCGGGGGGCGGCCCACGGCAUCGGGUUGGAGUUCAUUGACACGCCGGGGCUGAGUCUGGCGGCGGGGGGGGCGGCACGGAACUGCGGAGUGCUGCAGCAGAUACGCAGGGCCUACCUGGCCCACCGCCCCGACCUGCUGGUCUACGUGGACCGCCUGGAUGCGCCCGCACCCGCAGCGGGGG